CGGAUACUAUAGCGGCCUUGCGGGAGAAAUCUGGUCGCGAUUAGGUCUACUAGCCCUCAGAGAGCCUCACUGUCGCAACUAUUGUAUUAAGGUAUUAAUAUAAAGCCAGUUUAGCGUCAUAGGAUUGGGAAAUGUGGGCUAUGCCGGCCGCCCCCAUUCCCCAUGCAAUGUGACUCGCGAGACCCUUCACAGCGGCAGGCGAACACCACUCUCUCUCUUUCAGCAGGUGGACGUAGCACCAUGGCCAAGCCCGCCACUUUCGUUGCCCGCGGUAUCACCGCUGAGGGCCGGGCCAAGACCUACAAGCGCAAGGGUCUGUGGGCGAUCAAGAAGAAGAACGGCGGCAAGUUCCCCGCGCCCGCCAAGAAGGCUGUGGCCAAGCAGGCUGAGGGCAAGGCUCCCCGCUUUUACCCCGCCGAUGAUGUGCCCAAGCCUCUGUCGCACAACGCUGUGCACAAGCAGACCAAGCUGCGCGCCAGCAUCACGCCAGGCACCGUGCUGAUUCUGCUGGCCGGUCGCUUCAAGGGCAAGCGUGUCAUCUUCCUGGGCCAGCUGCCUUCGGGCCUGCUGCUCGUUACCGGCCCGUUCAAGCUGAACGGUGUGCCGGUGCGUCGCGUCAACGCCGCGUACGUGAUUGGCACCAGCACCAAGGUGUCGCUGCCCAAGCUGGACCUGUCGAAGUUCACGGACAGCUACUUCAAGGCGGUGGAGAGCAAGUCGAGCAAGAAGGGCGAGAAGGAGUUCUUCGACCAGUCGGAGGCGAAGAAGAACGUGCUCAGCCAGGAGUACAUCGCCAACCAGAAGACCCUGGACGCCGCUCUGCUGCCGGCCCUGUCGGCCGACCUGAAGGGCUACCUGUCGACCCGCUUCACCCUGAAGGACGGCGACCGCCCGCACCUGAUGAAGUUCUAAGCGCCCUCGGCGGGAGCUAGCAGCAGCAUCGGAGCCUUGGGACUGGCGAGCGGCCGCAGGCGCGCGCAGGGGUUGGAAGCUGGAAGCGUGGAGAGGCGCAGGAGCAGCGGCGGGGGGGGCUGGCCCGACCCCGGGGGCGGCCGGCCGCCCCAACCCCCGCCGCUUUGGAGCUAGGAACAGUAGUCGGAGCUGCACCUGCGGGAAGACGACGUUCGCGUGUGUAACGUCAAAAAAUUAAGAAAAUUCUCGAGCCCUAGGUCCCGCCGGUGGUCGUGUUGGGGUUUGGCAGCGCGUCGUGGGGACGACAGCAGCAGCAGCAGCGGGUGUGCGUGUCUGUCUUGCAGCAGCCUCGGUACCAGCAGCAGCAGCACCAGCACCAGCAAUACUCUGACGCAGCUUACAUUCAGCAGCAGGUGUAAUAGCGCAGUAUUUGCAGUUGGCUAUCGUAGCAGCGGCAGCGUGAGCGGCUGUGGUGCAUGUGCGGGUAUCGUCUCACAAGGUGAGUAAGGGGGCAAGGUGGAGGGGCCUGGACGAGCCAAGGUGGGGACGAACGCGUGCGGGCGGGCGUCGGCGUGGGUGCGUUUUGAGCGUGUUGGGUGCGUGUGUGCGGUCGUGCGUGGCGUUGCAUCGUGUGUGGUCGGGAGCGGUGUUGUGCGGACACCGGGCAGCUUACACGGCAGCGUGAGCGGCUGCCGGCUGCGUGGAAUCGGCGUGGGGUUGGGGAUGAGUCACUGGCGGAUG